CGAAGCGGUUCUCGCUCAGUGAAGUACGGGUUCUUCGUCAGUUACCACAGUCAGUAUACUUAGAUAGUCAGUAUGGGAGUCCCUGCUGGUGAUGCUGAAAAGGGAAAGAAGGUUUUUGUGCAGAAAUGUUCUCAGUGUCAUACUGUAGAAAAAGGCGGCAAACAUAAAGUUGGUCCUAAUCUAAGUGGAUUAAUAGGAAGGAAAACGGGUCAGGCCGUAGGAUUCACCUAUUCAGACGCCAAUAUUACCAAAGGUAUUACAUGGAGCAAGGAUACUCUCUUUGAAUAUUUAGAAAAUCCAAAGAAAUACAUUCCAGGAACUAAGAUGGUGUUUGCUGGAAUCAAGAAACCACAAGAACGAGCUGAUCUCAUCGCUUAUCUUGAACAAGCAACUAAGUAAUAACGAUUCCAUUAAGUAGUGUUCGAAUACUCCAAGGAGGUGAAAGACUCAACUCCGGGUUAUUUAUUGUAAGAUUUAUCCAGUUCGCCAAGUGAGAUAAACAAAAACUUUGCUGAUUCUCAAAAUACAUACUCAUGAUGUGUAUUAAUUAUUCCACUUUAAAAGUGUUUAUUAUUUAUUUAUAGUAAAUGUUGACAUUUUGUUGAAAUGUGAUAUGUAUAGGUCGUAACAAUAAAUUAUUAUG